AUGAAGAGGAAGAAGAUUCUCCUCGGCAAAGAAGGAAAUUUGUCGCGUGCCAACGCUGCCAUACCCAUAAAAUCAAGUGUUCGGGUGAUCUGCCAUGUAGCAAAUGUCGGGCUGUGGGAUGCGCCGCCGAAUGCGCAUACAGCUCACGGGAUCGUCAGGUCAAACUUUCUUGAGCAACUGCUGGAGGAGAAUCGGCGAUUCAAAGAACAGUGGAUCUCCUCGGCUGGCGUCGCCGAGACAAACGGCCCUCCACAAGUCGAAGGAUCUUCAUCUCUACUUGCAACAGCUACCGAGGUGUCUGAUUCUGCAAGUCAUCAGAAUCCGCUCAUUGGUGACCGAGCUUGGUUUCACCGUUAUGAUUCCUCCUCGCCUCCAAUCUACAUCGGUGAAGCCGCAUGUUCUGCAUUUGCAACUCGAUUUCGCCGCUUUCUCACUGGCAAUAACACAGCCGCGCACAUCACUCGUACACAGUGGGAGCGUGAAGAGGUCAUCGCAGAGGCAGCGAGCGAUGGAUCCGCACAGUGGCCAAGUUUGCACCAUGCGCGGCUGCUCAUUCGUAUCGCAAUCAAUCAGAUCGGACAUUUGUACCACCUCAUGAUGCGAAAGACAACUCUCGAUCAAUUGGAGCAUAUCUACCAAGCUCAGAAAUUCGAUUCGGCUGAAGAAAAGUGCAAAUUUUUCGCCCUCUUUGCCUUUGGACAAGCGUACUCAGUCCGGUCUGAUCCCACUGCUGGGCUUCGGGUUCCUGGGACAGCUUACUUUGCGCAAGCAAUGAAAUUGGUCCAAAUUCUACCGGAGAGGACGAGUCUCACUCAUCUUGAAACUUUGCUUUUGCUGUCCCUGUAUUCGUAUUACCUCAAUCGCCGACAUUCAGCUUACGUUCUAAUUGGAAACGCCAUGCGAAUGGGUCUAACCAUUGGCCUAAAUCACAACAUCGCCGAAUCACAAAUCAUUGACCCCGUUGAACGUCAACACCGCAUAGAGUUGUGGUGGACAAUUUACAUAUUUGAUCGCAUGUGGGGGUCCAAGAUGGGUCUUCCCAUGCAAAUACUAGAUGAGGAUAUCCACGUUGAUCUUCCUUCGAUGAUCAAUCCGAACUGGCGUCAUCAAGAAGAACUCUCGGAUCCAGACUACAUGAAGGCCAAUAUCAAGCUUGCACGGAUCGCAGGCGAGACCAUCACCCGAUUGUACAGCAGACGCAAAUACGACGAAACGUUCCUGCAGCGUGUGCAAAAAUUACUCAAGUCCCUGAAAAACUGGGUCGAUACUCUACCCGAGAGUCUGCGGCUCAACAUGGAAGAUUUAGAAUCGAGUAAAAAGCCAGUUGUUUCACUACACAUGGCCUUCAAUCAAUGUAUCAUUCUCACAACACGGCCGACACUAUUACAUCUUCUCAUCACUCUUCGGAAAAACAACGGCUCACGACCCCUUCGCGAGAACUUCCGAGAAUUGGUUUCGCAACCUGUGCUCACUCUCAGUGAAGCCUGCAUACAUGCUGCCCGCCACUCGCACUCAAUGAUCCUUACCCGUUGGAUCAACGGAACUUGUCCGUCUUUUGGCUACUUCCAUGCGCAUUAUCUUUUCUCUUGUGCAUUGAUUCUUGCCAUGUCCAGUUUUGUGCCUAUCGGCACUCCGAAGGAUAUGUCGGGCUUUGACUCGGCGUUGGACGUGCUCCGCUCAAUGUCCGAAAAUGGCAAUCUCGCCGCUGCAGAAUUCUACAACAAUUUGACACAGGUCAAACUGUGUCUGGAUGAUUACAAGAGAGCCACACAAAUCCAGAGAACAAACUUGGGUUCUGACGCUCCUCCGGGCACUGCAGAUCCUCAAAGGAUCAUAACUUCGACGCAAGCCUCCCGGCAGCAGCAACAGCAACAGCAACAGCAACCAGCAACGCAACCUCCGUCCACAAGCCUACCGAGACCUUUCUUCAAUGCCUCCACAGACUCCACUUUCCCGACCGACGGGGACUCCUUGCUAGGGCAGUCAAGUCAAGGACUCGAUGCCCAUUUCUGGUCUGGUAGGGACAGUCUCGCUGGCUACACUACGGAAAUGGCCUUCUUGGAGCCAACCAUGCAGGAUUUCUUGGCUCAGUCGGACAUUGAUCUGGGGUCCCUGCAUCCGAUGGAUACAUUUUUGAGUGAUGCAGAGAAUAUUUAUACUUCACAUGGACUAUAA